AUGGAGAGAGGAGUAAGACCACGUGCCAAUGAGAAGCACCUGAGAGGUGCUCAUCAAGAAGAAACGUGGGAUCCAACACCUGAGGAACAUUUAUCAGAAGAACACACUGAAGAUGUUGGACAACAUCCUGUCACCCAUGAAGAAAUAGGUGGUUACAACUGGCAAGCAUCGAAAUCCUCAUUAAAAGAGAGAUUUUCUUAUCUUUUUAACAAUGAAAUCUUGAGCGAUGUUCAUUUCCUUGUGGGCAAGGAUCCUGGUGUACAGCGUAUUCCAGCUCAUAAACUGAUUCUUACAGCUGGAAGUGCUGUAUUUGAUGCCAUGUUCAACGGAACAUUAGCCACUCGUGCACCAGAGGUGGAGUUACCUGAUGUUGAACCAACUGCUUUUUUAGCUCUUCUCAGGUUUCUCUAUUCAGAUGAAGUACAGAUUGGACCUGAGUCUGUCAUGACUACCUUAUAUACAGCUAAAAAAUAUGCAGUUCCUGCUCUUGAGCGUCAUUGCGUCGAGUUUUUGAAGUCCAACCUGAGUGCUGACAAUGCCUUCAUGCUGCUGACUCAAGCUCGCCUUUUUGAUGAACCUCAAUUGGCUUCGCUUUGUCUUGACACAAUUGAUAAGACUACUUCAGAGGCACUUUCGGCUGAUGGUUUUACUGAUGUCGACCUAGAAACUUUGUGUGCUGUAUUGGAAAGAGACACUCUGCACAUCAGGGAAACAACUUUGUUUCAAGCUGUUAUGAGGUGGUGCGAGAACCGGUGCAGCCGCGAGCAGGUGGCCGCCGUGCCUGAGAACAUGCGUUCUCUCCUGGGAAAGGGGCUGUCGCUCAUCAGGUUUCCCCUGAUGACUGUCGAAGAAUUCGCUCAAGGCCCCGCUCAAUCAGGACUCCUCACAGACCGGGAGCUUGUUUCGCUCUUCCUUUAUUUCACUGUCAACCCGAAACCCCCCAUCCCCUUCAGGGAUACCCCACGCUGCUCACUCACUGGUAAAGAACAGGCCGUGCACAGGUUUCAACAGGUUGAAAGCAGAUGGGGGUAUAGUGGUGCCAGUGACCGCAUAAAAUUUUCUGUGGAUAAGCGCAUCUUCAUUGUUGGAUUUGGGCUGUACGGCUCCAUACAUGGUGCUCGAGAAUAUGAUGCUAAAAUUCAAGUACUCCUUCCACCAUCUGGUAAGAUAUGUGGCUCUAACUCUGCCAGAUUAACUUGUGACGGUGCUGAUUAUACCUUCAGGGUUAUGUUUAAAGAACCAAUUGAGAUAAGAGCGCAUACCAAUUACCUUGCAUCAGCCACCAUAAAGGGUCCUGAUUCACAUUAUGGAACCCAAGGUUUAAAGACCGUGACGGUUGAUACAAAAUCAGGACCUGUCACUUUCCAGUUCAUGUAUGCAGCAGGUAACAACAAUGGAACCAAUGUUGAAGAUGGGCAGAUCCCAGAGAUCCUGUUUUAUACUUAA